AUGGCUGCUAGCAAUGAUCCAACGGGCUUUGACAAAGAGCAGGUGCACGCUUCUUCUUUUCUCAUAACAUUGAUGGGAGUAAUAAGAAAUGGCACAAAAACUGAAAGUUAGACUUAUUUUUUCCGUUAAUUAGGCAUGCACUGCAUUUAUGAUCUGGUCACCUCAUACCUGUCAAGAUGGUGUUUGCGGUGUUGGGACUAAAUUUUGUACAUAGAGAUAAUCUACGCUCUGGUGCCUCCAGGUCUGUGUAUUCUUGAUCCGGGUCCUGAUUUGGAUCUCUAGGUCUGUGUAUUUUUUCAAAUGAAUUCAUCUCCAAAAUUGGUAACCAAUGGAAUAAUCUAUGAAGCUGUCUUUAGAUGCAUGCUCUAUGCCAUAGUUUUCUCAAAGCUAUGGACUUCAUUUUAGGAAUAUUCUGCGUGGGAGCCGAAAAUAUUUUUAAUUUCUAAAUUUCACCUCUGGUGAAGAUGCGUGGAUAAUACGCCAUUAUAUUUUGGUCUAUAUGCCCCAUUUCAUAAUGACGGGGGUUUCCAAUAUUUUAUGAAGUACGCAUGUUGGAAUUCUAAAUAAACAUUUCGUUUUGAGGGUGAUGCAUAUUCAUUGAAGAAAGUUCAAUCUAUAUCUGGUAUGAAACUUAACAUUAAUAUACUUGGGGGCAACAUAGGGGAUUCCCAUCGCUAAAUGACUUGGUAAAUGUAACAAAGUCAGACUAAGGGGGCACAUGCUGCUUUUCUUGAACAACUAAAAAAUUAUGAUCAGCAUUGUUUGCAUCUCCAAAUGACAUUGGAAUGUGGUAAUGUUCCGUUUGUUGAGCUUGGAUCCUAAAAUACCUAACGGUUAUCAAAUAUCUGUCUAAAUCCCUCCACGGACAACUGAACAUAUGCUUUCCGUGCAAUUCCCUAAAUAGUGCCAAUACGCUCCAUAUCUUGCCUGACUUUCCUUUUCCGCGGAAUUAUUAGUUUGGAUUCUUGGAUGAUAAAACAUCGAAUUGUAUCUGCUUGCUAAAGGGUGAGGAUAUUCCUACUUCACUGCUUGCUACUCUCCCACAUCCAGAUUUAGCGCGUCCUUUUCUAUGUCUAUUAGCUCUAUAUCAUUAUUAUUUGACUUGUCUAUCUAUGCUCUUCUAUUAAUCAGCUUCUUGUUGGCAGAUCAUUGGGAUGGCAGAAACGGAAAUGACGUACAGGGUGGAUAUGUUCAACAGGUACAUCACCGGUUGCCAGUUCUCAUUUCCGAUGUAACCGUAUUCUGUGCAUCCGGCAUGUGGCAAAACCAUGUAAAUUCUAUUUGAUAUCUGUUCGGAAGCAAUAUUUUUUAAAUGAUUCUUUACUGGCGGGUACGCAAGCACAACAAAACUUCCAUGUUGUCUCUUUUGUUACUUCAGAAACAUCUCUCAGCUAGAUCUGAGUUACCACGUUCCCUCAGACAAAAAGUAAACAAAAAAGAAUAACUUGACCUGCUGUACCCAGAAAGUGGGAUCAGCUUAGGCCACUAGAGACAGAGGAGAGUGAAAACUAUGGGUGGCUGAGAUAUUCAAUCGACUUUCUCCCCCUUUUAAUGGGUUCGGAGACUUACGAGUGAGCAGAAAAGAGAGGAGGAAAGAGUACCUCUCCGGAUUUUAAAGACAAUUCUUCACAUUUUCAGGGUGAAAUAAGACGAUUCUCUACAAAAUAUGAGCCAUAAAGUGCCAUUUUCGUUCAAAUUUGGAUACAAAAUCAAGAAAAAAGUAUAAUUUGGUUGUCUUUUUGCAGUCUUUCGUCAUUCUUCUAACUAGUCUUCUUGCAUUACUCCUCUGGAUCAUUCUUUGCUCUGUAAAAUGAUUAUGUGAUCGCUGGAUGAACUGAAGUUGUUUAUCUUCUGCCUUCCCUCACUGAACCACCAGAGAUGAAGUGGCAAGUCAUUGCAUUCAUGAGCAAAUAGAUUGAGCUUCUCCGUGUUCCGAACAUCGAGUAUCACUGUCUUCUGAUGCUUUAUCUUAUGCCGUUGUGUCUGGAUAUUUGAUUUACGGUCACUUAAGAUGAACACGUGAUUUAGCCUCUGCCCACCGAUUCUAUUAUAGCUUGACAGUGCUACGAUAGAUUCCUACAGCGAAACUGAGAAGCUUGAUUUUUUUUUUGGUUUGGAUAAUACAGGCUCACAAAGACAUGCUUCGAUAAAUGCAUCGAGAAGAAGUACGUUACCCCAUUCAAAUUUCUUGUGUCUCACUCUGUAUGAGGCCUCAUAUCUGAUGCUGUCUUCUAAUGACCUCUCAGUUCAAGAUGUGCUCCGUUUCUCCCUUUCUUCUUGGGCUGUAAAAUGGAUUUUUCUUGUGCUCGUCCAGGUACAAGGAAUCAGAGCUCAACAUGGGGGAAAACAGCUGCAUUGAUCGCUGUGUUGCCAAAUAUUGGCAGGUAUAUAUCAGUGAUUGCCCCUGCUUCAUAUCCGUUGAUGGGUUAAUCCAAUCUCGUGUCUAAAGAAAUCUAUUAAUUUCUUGCGCUCUAAGACUCCUUUAUUUUUCUCCUAUUUUUCCCCCAAAUACGUGUUAAAUUUUAGUUUGGAUGUAGAAAUCUCGCCGUCUUCAUUUCCGUUUUUUUUUCCCCUCUCUUCGUUUCCACUCCAUCUCAUUAGUUCAUGAAGAUUCUUUGCUCCUCACAUCUGGGUUUUCCUCUGACUCAAAUCCACUGUCCUGGGCCUCUCUCUCUCUCUCUCUCUCUCUCUCUAUAUAUAUAUAUAUAUAUAUAUAUAUAUAUAUAUAUCUGUGUGCUUACCUUUGUGGCUGUCCUUGCAGGUGACGAACUUGGUGGGGCAAUUGCUCGGUUCCAACCGGCCGCCGAUGUAA